AUGAGAUCUGGGAAGCAAAAUGCCAGAUGUCCAUCUCAUGAUUUAUCCAACAAAAUGAAGAUUAUGGUUGUUCUUGCCUCUCUUUUUGCCCUCGUUGUUCCUUUAGAGGCCAGCAGUGAAAGUGGAAGCCAUGAACGACGGAGAUACCGAUAUCCAUAUUAUCGAGCUCCAAAUUAUGGCUAUCGCAAUCCAAAUCCAAGGGGUGCUCCCAUAAUGUAUGCUAGACUGGGGCCAGUGGGAGCUCCAGGGGCCAGAGGACCAGCAGGGCCUGCCAGGCCUGUUGGGCCUGCAGGACGUGUAGGACCUGCUGGGCCUGACGGACCUGCCAGGCCUGCAGUGGCUGAUUGGGCCUCAGGUCCUCCGGGUCCUCCAGGUCCUCCAGGUCCUGAAGGUCCUCCAGGUCCUCCAGGUCCUCCAGGAGGCCUAGGACCCCCAGGAUACCCUGGUCCUCCAGGUCCUCCAGGUCCUCCAGGAGGCCUAGGAGGCCCAGGAAUCUCUGGUCCUCCAGGUCCUCCAGGACCUCCAGGUUCAAAAGGUCCCCCAGGUCCCCCAGGCCCCCGAGGACCCCCAGGUCCCCCAGGACCCCCAGGACCCCCAGGACCCCCAGGACCAGACUAUUUUCUAAAGUAUUGCAUAUUCUGCCAAUUAAUAUUAUCAGAGAUUAUUGGAGAUCUUUCUAAUACAAAAGCGGAGCAAAAACUGCACUGCAAAGAAAAAGAUUUAUCCAACAAAAUGAAGAUUGUGGUUGUUCUUGCCUCUCUUUUUGCCCUCGUUGUUCCUUUAGAGGCCAGCAGUGAAAGUGGAAGCCAUGAACGACGGAGAUACCGAUAUCCAUAUUAUCGAGCUCCAAAUUAUGGCUAUCGCAAUCCAAAUCCAAUGGGUGCUCCCAUGAUGUAUGCUAGACCGGGGCCAGCGGGAGCUCCAGGGGCCAGAGGACUAGCAGGGCCUGCCGGGCCUGUUGGGCCUGCAGGACGUGCAGGACCUGCUGGGCCUGCCGGGCCUGCCGGGCCUGCCGGGCCUACUGGGCCUGCCGGGCCUGCUGGGGCCCCAGGUGGCCCAGGUCCUCCAGGUCCUGCAGGUCCUCCAGGUCCUCCAGGUCCUCCAGGUCCUCCAGGAGGCCCAGGAGGCCCAGGAGGCCCAGGACCCGCUGGUCCUCCAGGUCCUCCAGGACCUCCAGGUCCCCCAGGUCCCCCAGGUCCCCCAGGACCCCCAGGACCCCCAGGACCCCCAGGGCCUCCCGGAGGCUAGACCUGUUCUGUUGACUGGUAAGUCCUUCUGAGAUACUUUACC